UCUAUUCCAAUAUAAAUUGUUACAUCGUGAUACUCCAGUUUUAUAGCAACCUCGACCAUGAAAACUUUUGUUUGGUUCGUUUGUGUUCUUGUAAUUUUGGCUAAGGCCAACGCCCUCGACAAGGCUACAACCAAAGUCAAAAAUGUUCAUGAAGCUUGCCAGGCUGAUCCAGGCACCCACGCCGAUGAAUAUCUGAUCGAAAGAGCCCGCAUGGAACAGGUCGAUCCAAAAAAAGUAGGACUCCACACUCUCUGUAUGAACGUCCAUGCAGGUCUCCAGAAAGAGAACGGGGACAUCGAUAAAGACGAUUUGAGGAGAGCAUUGAGCGAAGGGAUCCAUGAUUCUGCUAAAGUCGAAGCCAUCGUAGCGGACUGUGGAGUACGUGUUGGUGAUACUCCAGAAGAGGCCUCUGUGAAUCUUUUCAGAUGUAUAUUUGGCCAUGAAAAUGCUUAUGUACAUGAGUGGAAGCCUCCUCUGAUACACUCUUGAGCCAAUCGAACUAUAUCCAUAGUUUUGUCAGCAUUGCCUGUGACUAUCGGGGCAGUAUUAUUGCGUUGAACUGAUGAAUUAUUCGGCAAAUAUGAAUUCAUAAUAGAUCGAUUAACAACUGUCUCAAAUACAUUUUCAAAUAUUUUCAACAA